AUGACCAUCCAGCAAUGGAAGUUGCACCGUAAGAGAGCUAGCCUCGAUGAACAGACGAAACUGCCCGUGCUCAACGCCGACGGCGCCAAGAAGGUUAUCGUCGGCGCCGUCGAGAUUGGCCGAUUUCUCGCGCUGAAUUUCCAUCUGUAUGGAACAAGCAGCGGCGAGCAAGAGCAAAUCGACCAAGUGAUUCGGCAAUGCGAGACGCUCAACCACGAGCUUGGCCCAAUUAUCAGGACGACGCUCACCAAGAAUUUCGAGCUGCGCCGCGAUCUCUGGAAUGAGUACAAAGAGAAGACGCUGAACAAGACAUUGGCCAAGUGGGAGGAGGAAUUGACUAGUCGUCCGCAUUUGGUCGGCAAUAAGUACACAUGGGCCGACAUCAGUGUGAUCGAGUUGCUAACCAGGUUCCAGUGCUGCUACGAUUCGUUUUUCAUGGCAAAUUGGCCAAAUUUGAAAGGCCUCAUCGAGCGCUUCGAAAAACUGCAAAACGUCGGGCCGUACAUGCAAACCCGGCCGGACACUAACUUU